UUUCUUGAAGCAGAGGUUUAACGGUAUUGAAAUAUUUAUCACAGAGCAAAAAAAAAAAAGGAAGCACAAGAAAUUAAUAUCGAAAUUUUGACGUGCAAAUUUUCAGAUUGUAUUUGUUUUGAACUGUUCGCUGAGAAUUUCUAGGGUAUUCCUUGACGUUUUUUCAAAACUGUCGGAACAGUUUCUCAGUUGACAGGUCUUUUGUGGAAUCUGGAGUUAAUUCUGCGGUCACCUAAAGACGCAGAAUGAACAUGGUAUUUAGUUUAUAAUCUUUUUGUUAUGGAGACUGAUGAAAGGAGUUGUGAGAAAGUCUUCUCAAAUGGAGAUAUAUAUCUUGGUAAUUUCAAGGGAAUGCUUCCGCAUGGAAAUGGUAAAUAUACUUGGUCAGAUGGAACAAUUUAUGAUGGUGACUGGGAAGAAGGGAAAAUGACAGGGAAAGGCAAGAUAGUUUGGUCGUCUAAGGCUACCUAUGAGGGUGAUAUUGCUGGGAGUUACCUCCAUGGUUUUGGAACUUUUACUGCUUCUGAUGGGUCCAUAUACAGAGGUUCUUGGAAUAUGAAUUCUCAGCAUGGCAUUGGAAGGAAGCAAUAUCAGAACUCAGACAUUUAUGACGGUUGUUGGAGAGAAGGAGUACGUGAAGGCGGUGGUAGGUAUGCAUGGAGCAAUGGAUACUUAUAUAUUGGAAAUUGGAAGAAAGGGAAAAUGUCUGGUAGAGGUGUUAUGAGAUGGUCCAAUGGUGAUCUUUUUGAUGGCUUCUGGUUGAAUGGGUUAAGACACGGUUCAGGCUUCUAUAGAUUCGCUGAUGGAAGCUAUUAUUUUGGGACAUGGACCAAAGGGCUGAAGGAUGGACGUGGAAUAUUCUAUCUUGCUGGAAGUAAGCAUCUAAGUGAGCAUAAUCUUGAGGGACUGGAAGACAAGAAGACAAAGAUGCUAUCACAUAGUUCAUCAUUAGAUUCGGAGGAAUCUGUAAUACCUAGUGUGAAGCAUAGUCUUUCUGAUAAAAUUUCGCAUAGUUUCCUAAGAGGUUCAGGACGCAUGUCACAUAAAACUAUAUCCCUGGAUGCUGAUUGGGGCUGUACUGAUCCUACUAGAAAAAUUACAUCAUCCUUAUCUUGCAGCUUGAGAGAUAGUCGAAGUGAGUUACAAGAUAACAGUGCUGUGGCUUAUGAGAGGGAAUAUAUGCAAGGAGUCCUUAUUAAGGAAAGAACUAGAAAUAUAUCCAAACUAUCCCGUAAAAACAAGCAUCAUCUCAAAUUUGCAAAAGAGGUCCAAAGGAGCUCAUUUGUGAACUUUUUUGAAAGCCACAGGAGCUAUUAUCUAAUGCUUAGCUUGCAGCUUGGUAUCAGGUACACUGUAGGCAGGAUCACACCCGUUCCUAUGCGCGAAGUGAGACCAUCUGAUUUUGGAGAGCACGCCAGAAUAAGAAUGUAUUUUCCAAGUAACGGUUCCCAGUUGACUCCUCCGCACAAUUCAGUUGACUUUUUCUGGAAGGACUACUGUCCUAUGGUCUUCAUGAAUUUGAGAGAGAUGUUCAAGUUGAAUGCUGCAGACUAUAUGAUGUCCAUCUGUAGUGAUGAUGGACUGAAAGAACUAUCUUCUCCAGGGAAAAGUGGAAGCCUUUUCUAUCUUUCUAAUGAUGAUAAAUUUGUGAUUAAGACAUUGAAAAAGUUUGAGCUGAAGGCUCUAAUCAAGAUGCUGCCGCACUACUAUAAACACGUACAAGAGCACGAGAAUACUCUUAUAACCAAAUUCUUUGGGGUGCACAGGAUAGCACUAAAACAUGGGAAAAAGGUUCGCUUUGUAGUCAUGGGAAAUAUGUUUUGCACAGAAUUACGCAUUCAUCAUCGUUAUGAUUUGAAGGGUUCAUCUCAAGGGAGAUCUACAAAGAAAGACGAGAUUGAUGAGAGCACCACACUGAAAGAUCUUGACUUGACAUAUGAGUUUCAUAUGGACAGAUCAUUGCGCGAGUCACUUUUUAGGUAAGUUCUUUUUCCUUGUCAAUUUCCACAUUGGUUCUAGACUCUUAAUUCAGUUGCAGCAACUAAAGUGAAAAAAUUGAUUUUAAAUUGUUCGGUUGUUCCAUGCACUCGGUACUAGCAAAUCAAGUUUUCUCAGUAGGUAGUCAUGCAUUUGUUAAAUUGUUUUCUAAUAUGACUAAUACAAAUAAUUAUAGAAUUCUUUAGCUUGGCUGAGAAUAAACUCUGAAUACUAGGGAUCUAUCAACCCAAAGAGCUGAUUUGUUGGUUUAUUGUGAUACAAUAUUAAUUUAAAAGAUUACCUAAUUAAGAUUGCAUAAGCAUAAACAAUUAUUCUUAAAGUUUCUUGAACCUUAUAUUUGAUUCUCACAAUGUGCUAAACUAUUUCAAACCUAAAAAAUUAGCCACUUAUUAUUUAAAUGGUGAUCAAACAUUUAAAUAAACCAUAAGAAUAUGAUAACAAUUAAUCCACAAAAAUCAUACUAAAAAAUAUUCUUUGAAUUAAAAUGGUAAAUCAAAGGUUUACAUCAUCAUCCUAACACUUAACAAGUUUUGUCUAGCUUGCUAAUGAUGCAAUUACAACAAAAAAUUUGAAUAAUCAUCACCCGAAAAAUAUAAUUGCAAGAAGAUGAAAGAGAAUAAAUUUUGACUCCUGUGAAUUCCUUCAAACGAAUCUUCAAUUGAUUCCGGAUUCUCUCUUGCUUUUGUUCUCCAAUUCCAGCUUUAAGUCUUCAAUCUCUUGAUGUUUUAUGCCUUGGUACUCUUCCUAGCCGCCUUCUCUAAAAUCCCUACGUUAUAGAAUGAAGAAUGUCAAAUUUCUUACCAAAAG